AUGGAAGGGGAUGAGCUGACGUUUCCUCUGCUUGAGGAUAUUCAUGUCAAGAACUGUCCAAAGUUGACGUUUCUCCCUAAAGCACCAAUUCUCAGAAUACUAAAGCUGGAAGAAAACAGCCCACAUCUGUCACAGUCAGUUCUUGUAUCUGGAUACAUGUCUUCACUGUCUCAAAUCAAGUUAUCCAUCUGUGCUGAUGAAGCAAUAUUACUACCAGUAAAUGAGGCAGAGGCUUCUGUCACUAAACUGAAGUUAUUUGGCUGCAAUAUGUUGUUUACCACAACCAGUCGACGGAGAGCCGCACAAGGACAGCUCCUACCACAUCUUACCUCGCUACAAAUAGAAGAUUGCCAAGACUUAACAGAGCUUUUUAAUCUCCCCCUAUCCCUCAAGUCUAUUGACAUCGACGGCUGCCCUAAGUUGAAGUCUGUAUGGGAUGAACAGGAGGAUACUGAAUUGGGGACAAACACGCAAGACCCAUCACCAUCAGCAAGGGUGCAUAGUCUACCAUGCCUAGAAACGUUUUAUAUAAACGAUUUUGAUAACUUACCAGGGUUUCGCGAUCUCCCGUCAUCGCUCCAGUCAUUGGCACUGUUUAACUGUCCUAAGGUUCAGUUUCUAUCAGGGAAGCUGGAUGCACUGACAUGUCUAGCUAUUUCUGGAUGCGAGACUUUGAGGUCCUUGGAAUCAUGCCUGGGGGACUUGCCGUCGUUGACAACACUCAUGAUUGAAAGAUGCAAAAGCCUAACAUCCUUGCCGGAUGGUCCUAGAGCUUACUCCUCCUUGGAGAGUCUUGAAAUCAAGUACUGCCCAGCUAUGAAGUCACUUCCUGGAUGCCUCAAGCAACGUCUUGAUAGCGUUGAGGAGAAACUCUUGUCACAUAUGCGCUCCAGCGAUCCACGGGAAGGUGCUAAAUUGCUGGAACCAAAAUCUUGGAAAUAUGUCAUUCGUCGGAACAGAGAUUUGUGAUCCAACACUAUUGAUGAGGCCAUGAAGAAGCUUUUUCUAUUAAGGAUAGCUCCCUAGCAGAGCUCACCCAUUGUUGACUUGGGAUUUGAAUACAUGGGCAAUGCAUCUUCUAGGUUCUAAGAUGGAGCAUUUUGUAUGGUCAAGUCUAUGGCUAAAGCAACUUGGAAACCUCAUCUCGGUGAAAUUAUCUUCUUUUUUCACCAUAUUGUUGCAGACUUAGCAGCAGCAGUAUAUAUUUUUACAUAAUGAAAAUUUUAUUGUUACUCAGUCAAAAAUUAUUCCGAAGGCACUUUCGGGCUCUGCACCAUGACAGUGCACACAGCCAACCCACUCACACAUUCCCACGACAGUGCAGCGGUAUAUAUUCUCACCAAUUACGCAUACUUCGCACGUCCGUGUGAGCACAUCUCUAUGAUUGUAGCUGCUGUAUAUCCAAAUGGGACUUUGGAGUAUCUUAUAACAAGCUUUUAGUAUUGGUUUUUAGGAAAAACUAAUCAACACGGAUUCUGAAUUGUGAUAUAUGCUAGUAAUUCAUCUGUUUAAUUGGACUAGCUAGCUGACAUAAUACAGGGUCCAAAUAUUGAAAUUGAGAUUUCAGCAAGUAGAAAUACAGCAUAAUUAAUACAGGUCCAACAUGUUACCACUUCUUUCCUCGAAUACAAUAUAUACUUACCUAUCACUAGAGCUGAUAAAUCACGUUUCAAACCAAGCAAAUAUCCUCCCGGAGGCAGCCAAAAAAAAAAAAGACCAGACGAAGCUGUCAAAGAAUCGACCAAGGCAUGAGCCACCUGAAAACCUAGCUAGCGAUAUCACACGCCCAAAUUUCUUCGGUCCUGAGAGUUCAGAGCCACCGACGACGCAUCCAACUGCAAAAACCCCAAUUCCAUCAGUCUUCGGAGCUGCCAUCACCAGCAACCAAGGAUGCAAUGCACCUAACUGCAAAACCCCAGUGGAGAACGCCGGCAAACUGGGAUGCGGGUCGGCGACGCCGUCCAGGCAUGACCACAACAUGCUCGACGGAAUGCCCACACGUUUCUAGCCUGACUGCCUGCACCAGCUGCAAACCCGGAUAGGAUUCAGUGUAAUGCAUCUGCACCUACUAGCUUCCAAUUCGUCAGAGCUAAGCCUGAACAAGGUCAGUUUACUUUUCCUCUCUCUCUCUCUCUAUCUCAAACAAAAGUACUUGUCCCUAUGCACAGUGUUCUUUAUCUAUUUGUUGGGAGGAAGUAAAAUUUGAUUCGGAUCGGGCAAUAUAUAUCAGAUGGACCAUUUAGCUGGGCAGAAUUUAGUUUGGGACAAGUUUGAUCUCGGUACUUUAGACUUUGUUCGUUACUCGGGGUUUUCAACCAUUAACUACUAAACGGUGUAUUUUUUUUAAAAAAAAUAUCUAUAUGAAAGUUGUUUAAAAAAAUCAUAGUGAUCUAUUUUUUUUAAAAAAAGGUAAUACUUAAUUAGGCACGCGUUAAUGGUCUGCUCCGUUUUCCGUGCUGGAGGGUAGUGUUCCCAACCAUGAGGAAAUAACACAGCCUAAGAGGUACUGUAUUUUAUUGCUAAUUUUGAUACUACUCAAUAUCUUAUCUGUGUUGAGAUAUAAAAAAAAGAUCAUAAAUUAACUCUAAACAUUGCAGUACUCAUGAAGACCGUAAAAUACUCUCCUCUUAAAGUAAAGAGUUACUACACGAAUUGCAGUACUAUAUUUGCAACAAGUUAAAGUAUGGUGCUGCUUCUUCCAACUAUUGAUCUGGAUCGAUCCACCAUCUCAGCCCACAUAUAGGUGACACACCAUGGAAGAGGACGGCGACACCGUGGCAGGGCGGUUGAUGGCGGUGGCCAGUGAGUGAUGGCCGAUGGCAGUUGAGGUGAAGGCGCUGCUUCGGGCCUCGCUGCCGGACGUUGGGCAUCACCUUAACCAGCAAGGAGGUGUUCACCUGGGCCUGGAUCAACAACCAGCAGCUGCUCCACAUCGGCGACAUUGGCAGAACAAGAAAGUCCUACAUUUGCACAUCGUGCUCCAUGUGAUUAGUUGCAGAGGAUAGGGUGGAGUCCGCUGGGGAUGGAGGUUGUUUGCUAUUUUUCUUUUACUCGUCGUCUCUAUGACAUGAACAAGAAUGUUUUUGUAUUUUUUUCGUGCUUGCUAGAUGAUGGAGGGCUGUUACUGUGCAACGUCGAGCCCAUCUCUAUACCACACCGCUACACCCUUCCAUGAUUCCAUCAUGGACUACCACUUGCCACCCAGUUGCCCUCUCCAUUACCUAUCACAAGACACCGGCCAGUUAUAGCAAGAUCCAGCAAAGCCACCAGGAUCCUAGUUUCACAAUGGAUUUUUGGCUGAAUCAUCUUUUUUGUUUUCUAGUUUGAUUCACCUGUGAGUAAUUUUUAUCACUUGUGUAUGAUUGAGCCUGUAAUUUUUUCAUUCGUACGACUAUUUUGUGGUACAGAUUAACAAUACUCUUAGUAUCAGUUUUUACUCUUAUACUGUGUAUUGAACACAUUAGUAAACAUAUUACUACACGAUUGCUACGA